CAGAUGAAAUUCUUCGCCGUACUAGCUCUGUUCGUGGCGGUGGCGUCCGCCGGCCGCCUUCUGCCGGGCUCCAUCCCCGCUGCCGUUGCCUCUGUGGACCAACAGCAGGCUGAGAUCCAGGAGAUCCUCACCGCCAUCAACCACCCCAGCACCGACCCCGCCACCGCCGCGCUGCUCGAGGAUAUGCUCUACGACAUCCUCGGUAUUGGCAAGCCCAUCGUUCCCGAGCCCGCACCCGUUGACGAUUACCAGCCGAUCCAUGUCGGACCCGCCAUCGUCGAUCAAUACCAGCCAAUCCAAGUCGGACCCGCUAUCGUCGACCAAUACCAGCCAAUCCAAGUCGGCCCCGCCAUCAUCGAGGAGCCCACCCCCAUCUCUGUCGGCCCCGCCAUCGUUGAGGAGCCCACCCCCAUCUCUGUCGGCCCCGCCAUCGUUGAGGAGCCCACCCCCAUCUCAGUCGGCCCCGCCAUCGUCGAGGAGGCUCCCGUCGCCGAAUCUGCUAGCGCCCCCCUCGUCCAGAUCAUCCUGAACAUCAACAGCCAGACCGGCUCCAUCGUCGGCAGCCCCGUCGCCAUCGAGGGUCUCCCCAUCAACCCCAGCCCCGCGGUCGUCGCCGAGCCCAUCGUCCCCACCCCCGUCUCCGUGGUGGAUGGCGAGAUCGUCCCCAGCCCCGUCGCCGUGGUGGAGGGCGAGAUCGUACCCACCCCAGUGAUCGUGGAGGAGAUCGUGCCCGAGCCCGUCGCCAUCGGCACCCCCGUCCUCCCCGCCCCCGUCCUCCCCGAAAUCAUCAUCCCCGAACCCGUCGCCAUCCUCCCCGAGGAACUCAACUAAACAGUAUUACGUUAGAAUAAUAAAGCACUUUUGUAAAU